AUGGACACCUCGCGCAUCGACCGUAAUGUCAAGGGUCUGUCUGAGAAGCUUCUCCAGGGAUGGGUCCUCAUGUCCGACUCGUGCCCACUGUCUGGCUGCAAUGUCCCGCUGGUGAGCAACAAGGACGGGAGGGCGUUCUGCAUCAACUGCGACAAGUUUGUCGAGGGGGACAAGGCCGAGGCCGGGUCGGGCUCGGGUUCGGCGCCGCAGGCUGUGUCUACGCCGGUGGCUCCGCGAUCGCAGGCAGGCGGAGGUGUGGGAUCAGCGGUGCCGUCGCCGCAGCUGUCAGACAUCAAGAAGCCGAGCACAGCAGCGGCUGGAAAGGGGAGUGCCGAGGUAGCGCGCAAGCCCGAGGCGCUGUUUGGCGACGACGCCUGGUCGCCGCCGUCCGAGGAGGAGAUGAUGGUGUUGCGGAAGAAGCGCGAGAAAGCUGAUCAAGCGUCGCAAGAGAUCGCAUCGCGCCUGCUCAAUGGAUGGUCGCUGCUCAACGAGCACUGCCCCAACCCCGAGUGCUCGGUCCCGCUUGUCGGCAACAAGGAGAAGGAGAUGUACUGCGUUUCGUGCCACAACUGGGUCAUCCAUGAGUCGCAGUAUAACCCGGUGACCCACUCGCCCAUGCGGCCGAUUGCGGACGGAGCGAGCACGUCGUCGUCUGCGCCUGCGUCUGCGCCUGCGCCUGCGCCUGCGCCUGCGCCUGCGCCCGCGCCCGCGCCUGUGGUCGAACCGGUUAAGGCCAAGGCAGCGCCUACGGUGAUUUCUCGGCCGGCUGGCGCAUCGCGCGAGGACUUUUACAACCAGAUCCUUGCGUCGGCGUCAGCAUCAGCACCGGCACCGGCACCGGCACCGGCACCGGCGCCGAGCUCAUCAGCAUCGGCGUCAUCGGCGCCCGUGCCGGUGGCGAGGACCACACCGUCGCAGACCCUUGCUUCGUCAGCAGCAGCAGCCGGCUCUGAGGCCGGAACUGUUGACGAGCUCCGUGCCGAGCUCUUUGCACAGCUCACCCACGCCCGGGCUUCGCUGAGCUCGCCGUCCGCCUCUGUCGCCCAGCGGCGGGAGCAGCUUACCUUUAUCCGUGAGAUCCUUGACACCAUUGUCGCCGUCGAUGCUGUCUCGGCCACCCUUUAG